AUGGAGCGUGGCCGGGCAGCGCCGCCGCCUUGGAGGGGGCCCUGGAUCCUGUGCCUGCUGCCGGCGCUGGCGGGGGGGCAGCCGCUGGCGGCCGGCGAGGCGGCCUACGAGGAGUGGCGGACGACGGGCGUGCGAGGCCGGGCGGUGGAGCUGAGCUGUGGGCCGGCGGCCGCAGCCCCGCCGGCCGUGGUCUUCUGGAGCUUCACGCCGCGGGGAGAGGGGCUCCCACGGGCUGUGGCCGUGGGCUCGGGCAGGGAGGUGGCCGUGGCCCCCGGCACGGGGAUGCUGGGCCGGGUGACGCUGCGCAACGGGACGCUGGAGCUGCGGGAGCUGCGCGUGGCCGCCCAGGGCCGCUUCCUCUGCCAGGGGCUCUUCCCGGAGCGGGGCCGGCUCCGUGUGGGCUAUGCCGCCGUCCUCCUGCGGGUCCUGGUGCCCGUCUCCAAGCCCUUCGUGCGGCCGACGGCGGCGGCGGCAGCGGAGGGGGCAGCGGUGGCCCUGACGUGCACUGUGCGGGAGGGGACGGAGCCGCUGAGCUUCUCCUGGCAGCACCAGGAGCCCCGGGGGGGUCCCUCAGUGACCCCUGCGGGGCUGGGGGGCUCCAGGGCAGAACUGCAGCUGACACCUGCCAACCGCAGCCACACGGGCUGGUACGUCUGCACCGUGAGCAACGAGGUCAACAACCACACCAGCGACCCCGUCUACCUGGACAUCGUCUAUGGCCCAGAUGAGCCGGCCAUCCGUGUGGAGCCCUUCUCCCCCGAACAGGGGGGCUUCUCAGCGGGCGAGCGGGAGGACGUGGUGCUGAGCUGCCUGGCCCCCUCCAACCCCCCCAGCCGCUACGUCUGGCUGCACAACGGUUCCCAGGUGCACAUCGGCCAGACCUACGUCAUCACUGCCAUCGCCCGCGCCCAGGCGGGCACGUACACCUGCCUGGCCGAGAACAGCCACCUCCAGACCCGCACCCAGGCCACCAUCGUCCUCACUGUCUACUAUCCACCAGCCGGGAGCCCCAGCUGCUCUGCCCUGGCCUCCGGUGACCAGCAGGACGUGGCCCUGCGGUGCCGCUGGCUGGGGGGCUUCCCCCUGGCCCGGCUGCGCUGGGUGGGCCCUCAGGAGGAGGAGGAGGAGGAAGAGGGGUUGAUGGGGACCAGUUUUUCCAUGGCCACCAGGAUCCAGUCAGGGGCAGCCACCAGGAACGGCAGCUCCUUCUCCUGCCUGGCCUCCCACCCCGCACUGCCACAGGGGGCUGCGUGUGGGACCACCCUGUGGGUCCCGUCUGGCAGCCCCACCUGCGCGGCAGCGGCCACCAAGGGUGACGAGUACGUGAUGCUGCGGUGCCGCUGGGAGGGGGGCACGCCGCUCGUCACCCUGCGCUGGCGGGACACUGGGGGCUGGGCCUUGGGCGACCCCGCACCCUCCACCGCCGUGCUGGUGCUGAGCACCGACGGCAGCCUGGGGGGCCGGGAGUUCGUCUGCGUGGCCGCCCACCCGCUGCGGGCCGCUGCCGCCGAGUGCCGCCUGCGGCUGGGUAAGCUGGACCCGUCCCCAGAGCCCCCGCCGUGCCGCGGUGGGUGGCACGUCCCUGCAGGUACUGUCCCCCCUUGUCGCCGAGUAGAGGUCCCCGAGCUGGAGGCGGAGAGCGAGGUGGCGGUGCUGGAGGGCGGCGAGGCACAGCUCUCGUGCCGGCAGCGUGGCAGCAAUGCCGAUCUCGGUGCCACCGUGGUUUGGUACGACCCCAAGGAGCGGGAGGUGACACCGGGGCUGGCCAAGUACCGGCUGGAGCAGGGAGAAGCGUGGCUCAACCUCACCGUCCGGGAUGCUGAGUGGCCGGGGGACAGUGGGAUCUACCGCUGCACCGCCACCAAUGCCGUGGGCACUGCCAGCCUCCCCGUCCGCCUCCGCGUGGACCGGUACCCGGCCCCUCCCAACGUCACCAUCAGUAAGCUGCGCUACACGCGGGCCCGCACCGAGGUGCGGCUGGAGUGGCGGACGCAGGGCGCCGGCAACCUCACCGGCUUCGUGGUGCAGCGGCGCCAGACCAAGAAGCCCCUCCGGGAGACAGCGAGCCCCUGGGAAACAGCCGCCGGCGACAUCGAGCCGCACUCCCGCGACCGGCGCCUGGGGGGGCUGGACCCCACGGUGCUCUAUGCUUUCCGCGUCCUGGCCGUCAACCACCGCACGGCCGGGCACCCCUCCGAGGUGCAGACGCCAGCCGAGCCUCCCUUCGAGGCCUACCCGGCGGUGACGGGGGCGGCGGUGGCAGGGAUGCUGGUGGCCACCGCAGCAUCACUCCUGGCCGUGCACUGCAUCGCCCGCCACCGGGAGACCCUCCCGCGGCUUCACGACCUGCUCUUCCGCACGGCUGGUCCUGGCGCCCAGGAGCCUGUGGGCACGGCGGAGGAUGCUGAAGCAGCCGCAGCCGGGAAGGAGGAAGCAGUGCCAGCACAGGGAGACUCGUCUGCCCCCAGCACGGCAGCAGGGACCGAAGCAGCACCAGCACAGGGAGAGCCCUCUGCCCGCAGCACGGCAGCAGAGCCGCUCUCGGCAGCACCGAGCACCACUGAUGACCCACCAGUUAAUGUCACCAUCACUGUGACAGCGACACCGUGACCGCUCCGGCUUUUCCUCUUUAUUUCCCUUUCCUCCUCUCCUCCACACCACGAGACGGCAGCACCCACCUGUGCCGCGGCAGGCUGGGAGGCAGCUGGCUCCAAAUGUGGCACCCGGAGAAAGCCCCUCCAGCUCAGCCUCAGGCCUGCAGUUACUGCUGGAGCUAAAAUAAAUAUUUAGGCUACAAUAAAUAGUUUCUCACCGAUGGCAGAAAAAAAGCCCGAGGGCCAAAGCACUGCUCUCAGCCCCAGGGCUGGCAUCAACUGGGGAUGCUGCUUUGGGACUGUGCUGUGUUUUCUGUGGUGCAAAAACAGCCACAAAGCUUUUUGUGGGAAGGGGCCUCAUCUUCACCUCAAACUCCCCACUUUCAGGCCAAACCGCAGGUGGUUACAAAUAGUGACUGGAGAUGGUUUUUCCCUGCGUUGGUGCAAACACG